AUGAGGGGUGAUGACGGCUUGGAGAUCUCGGACAGUACAAAUAAGGCUGAGCACUUUUCUCAAUUUUUCCGAUCCGUUUUCACAAGAGAACCAGACUUUACCCCAUCUAAUUCUGAGAACGUGAGAGAUCCCACUAUCGAAAAUAUUGUGUUUCGAGAAGAAGCGAUUUUGGAAGAACUGAAAAGCUUGAAGGAAUGUAAAUCUCCCGGUCCGGACGAGAUUCCAGCAAAGCUGCUCUUGGAGCUUGCCCAACAGCUGGCCAAGCCACUAUCCUUUCUGUGCCAGAAAUCGUUUGAUGUUGGAAUUCUUCCCACAGACUGGAAGACGGCCCACAUUACACCCCUUUACAAAAUCGGUAGUCGUGCUCAGGCGACAAACUACAGACCCGUCAGUGUGACAUCAAUCUGCUGCAAAGUGAUGGAGAAAAUCAUUAAAAAGGAGUUGAUGGCUUACUUGGAAACCCACAACCUCUUGUCCAAUGCACAAUAUGGUUUCCGUAGGGGAAGAUCAUGUGUUACGAACUUGCCAUACACAAUGCAAAGUUGGACACGAGCACUGGACGCAAAACACACCGUGCAUGUUGCCUAUAUUGAUUUCCGGAAGGCGUUUGACAGUGUUCCGCACCAGCGUCUCCUACACAAGUUGAGAAUUAUGGGCAUCGGUGACAAACUUCUCAAAUGGAUCGAAAAUUUCCUUGUCGGCCGCUCCCAAAUCGUCUGCGUAGAACAACAGCAAUCAAGGUGCACAUUCAUAGAGAGUGGGAUCCCACAAGGCUCGGUGCUCGGACCAACCCUCUUUCUCUUGUUCAUCAAUGAUUGUGUAGAUGGGUUGGACUGUGAUUGUGCCAUGUUUGCGGACGACAUAAAAAUCUGGAAAGUCGUCCAGAAUGCUGCCGAUGAGACCAACUUCCAAGAAGAUCUUUGUCGAUUGGACGAGUGGUCCAGCAGAUGGCUCUUGUCCUUCAAUUUGAACAAAUGCACCAUUCUGCGCCUCGGAAAUCAGACCCCUAGUACGCGGCAAUACCAUCUGAACGGAAUGCCACUCCGAGAAGCAGAAACUCAGAAAGAUCUCGGAGUUUGGGUUGCAGACAGCCUAAAGCCUUCUACACAAUGCUGUAAGGCGGCCAAGACCGCAACCUCUAUGCUAUAUGCCAUCAAGCGGGCAUUCGUAGUUUUCGAUGAAGACUGCUUCACCAAAGUCUUCGGCACGUUUAUUAGGCCCCAUCUCGAAUAUGCAAUUCAAGCCUGGAGACCGUGGACGCAUCAGGAUUACGAUCUGCUCGAAAGGGUGCAGAGACGAGCAACAAAAUUAAUAAGAGGUCAAAGUGCACUGCCAUACGAGAUCCGCUUAAUUAACCUUAAUCUCUAUCCUCUGAGUUAUAGGCAGUUGCGCGGAGACAUGAAACAAACUUUCCGUAUCGUGCGCGGCUUGGAUUGUGCCCUUCGGCGCGAUAACUUUUUCCAACUCGCCACUACAACUCACCUCCGGGGACAUCCCUUCAAGCUACGUGUGCCACAGGGUAGACUGAAUGUGAGAAAAUAUUUCUUCUCCAACCGUGUCGUGGAACCGUGGAAUAACAUGCCCGAGACGGUUGUUAUGUCUCAAUCUGUGGAGACAUUUAAAUGUCGUCUUGACAGGUAUAUGCUGCAGCAACAAGCGGACUAUGUGACUUUUUAG